ACACCCCAGGAGAGAGGAUUAUUGAUGUGGGUCACCAAGUUCCACUUUGAUAAAAAUUGUAUACCUGAAUUGAUCGGGCGUGGCCUUUCUUGGGUCGGGCUCUGGCGCCCCCUGCUGCUCAUUGUGACGCGGGCCACAGGGCCGCUCAGGCGGCGGAGGUCCGGGCGGAGGUCCGGGCGGAGUGCUGGAGUUAUGGUUGAGCCGCUGGAGCAGUUGCUGCAGCUGCAGAAGGACAACCGCGACGGCCGCCUGCGGAAGCAGGAGCUGGAGGAGCUGGUGCGUGGGCUGGAAGCCGAGAGUGAGAGCCUCACCGGGCGUCUGGACGAGCUGCGUGAGCGCGAGCGCAGCCUGCAGCGGAGACGAAGUCAAGCGUCGCGGGCGAUUCGAGGGGAGGCGCGCGAGGCGGCACGGGAGCGCGCGGAGCGGGCUCGUGGGCUACUGGAGGCCGCGGAGCAGCACCGGCUGGACCUGGAGCAACACAAUCGGAAGCUGCAGGAAGAGUGGGAGGAGCUGUCCAGCCAGCUUUUCUACUAUGGAGGAGAAGAGUUGAGUCAACAGCGAGCAGAGCAGCGACUAGGAACUCAGCUUGCGGCACUGCAGAAACAUUUGGAGCUGGCGGAGGCCAAAUUCACCAUGCAGGCAGAGGACCUGCGACAGGGGGCGCAGCGUACGGAAGAGGCCUGGGCCAGCUUCCAGGAGCAGAGCGGAGUCCUGCAGGAGCUGCAGGGGAAGGUGAUGGAGGCAGCGGCUGCGCUGGAGGCUACGCGUGGUGGCGCGGAACCGUGGAACUCGCAGCCUCGUCGGGUGCAGGACUGCGCGGGCUCACUCAUGGAGGAGGUGGCCAGGGCCGACUGUGAAAAUCGGCUGUUUGGCGGUGCGGGCUUGGGGAGCAUCAGGUUGUGGGCGCUCAGCGCACUGCAGACGCUACUGCUGCUCCCACUGGGCUUCCUGGCGUUGCCGCUGCUCUACGUGGCGCUGAGGAGGCCCGACACCGUCGGUCAGGGGCUCCCGGGUAGUCUUGGCUCGGACACGGUAUUCCGUAGGCUGCGCUAUACGCUGUCGCCUUUGCUUGAAUUGCGCGCGCGCGGACUGCUGCCUGCUUAGAGCGCAUCAUGCCGGCUUGGGCCACCUGCUGCACCUCUGUCUCCUUUGUGGUUUUUGGGGUGCCUACCUGUGUGAAAAGGGCGGGGUGGAGUUUGUGUGUUCCUAUGGGCCCAGCGACCCCCUUGUCACCUGGGCGCAGGGGUACCUGUCCUCAGGGAUACCUGUCCACAUCUGGGCUGCUUGAGUGCCCGGACUGUCCUCCAGUCCGACCCCCUAGGGAGUCGUUUGCUACUGUGAGUCUGAGCUUUGGGCAGGAUGAGUACUGGCCUGUCAAGUUCCCUCCGUGGUGUGUGGAUUAUUUUCCCCGGAAU